AUGGAAACUGCUGUAGAAAAUAACGAGAGAACAUUCUGCAUCCUCCAGCACUCAAAUGAAGAAGGAGAGACCACUAAAGGGUGGAUGGAGUCGUUUGUGACCACUGGAGUAGUCACAAGUAUCCCCCAAUUGAACUAUUUUCUCAAUAAAGUUGAAGAGACUAAGCUUGAGAAUCUCAAUGACAUCUACUUCUUCAAGGAGGGAACUAGACCGAUGUGGGAGGACGAACAGAACCUGAAUGGUGGCCGCUUGAUCUACGAAAUGAGUCUGAACAGCCCGAACAUCCUGCGAUACCUAAAAGCCUCCCUCAUUUUCACGUUCAUGGGCAUCUUCCCCAAUAUUGUUGGAGUUGCCUGUAACGAGAAAGAGAAGAACUUCCGUAUCUGCCUGUGGAUUGGAGACAGUAGCGAGUCAGAGGAGAUUGCUGAGGCCUGGAAGGGGAUAAUGAAUGCUCAAAUUGCACCCAUUGUCUACAUACCGCAUAGGAAGCACAAGGAGUUUAGUAAGGGAAAAUUCAGAAAAGAUAAGCGAAUGAAUAAAUUCUAA